GACCUGCCGGCCACCACUGACGACUGGCGGCUCCGUCUCGCCUUCCCCGCCCUAUCACUACCUCUGGCUACGCUCACACAGCCUCAGAGCUCAGGCACCAGCUUCCGCUCGGAGAGGUCCGGAACUGGAAGGAACGCGUGCGAUAUAGAGGGUAUUUGGGUUGAUUGUUGCGUUCCUCUCGCGCGCAUCGAGAAAGUGGAAGAGGAACAUCAUGGGCACCGCAGAGCAGAACACCGACAAUGCCCCCAUGGCCUUCGUGCUGGUCAUCUGCGCCGGGCUGUCGACGGCCAUCGGAGCGGCCGUCGUAUUCAACCAGAAGCUGGUCAAGCUAGCCAGCAAGCGGUUUCUUGCAGGAUCGCUCGGCUUGGCAGCCGGUGUAAUGCUUUACGUAUCGCUGGUGGAGAUCUUCGUCAAGUCGCAAGACUCCUUCGCCAACCACGGCUUUUCUGAGGCUGACUCGUACCUCUACGCUACGCUGAGCCUGUUCGGGGGCGUCCUCCUGUACAAGGGCAUCGACCUGGUGGUGCACCUGCUUGAGGGGGGCCCCGUGCGUGAUCACAACGUGGACAUCUCCCUCUACGACCUGGACGGCUCCUCCGGCUCCUCGGAGAGCAGCCCUCGCGCCGCCCCCGUCGCCGCCGCAGACAAGAAGAGGAAGAAGCCGGCGCUGCAGCCGGGCGGCGCGAGCAGCAGCAACAACCCGAACGACGGUGGGGAGCCGUUCCCGGCGGACCACAACGUUGUCGUCGAGCUCGCGUCCCGGGGCUCGGCCGUGCGCCCCUCCCCCGAUCUCAACACGCUCCAGCUUAGCAUGGCGGGCAAGGUCCAGGCGCAUCAGUCCUCCCCGGUGUCGGCCCUGACGCCCUCCGGAGGCAGCAGCAGCAACAAGACCGGUGUGGUGGGCUUCAUGGAAGAAGGUUCCGGGAUGGAGCACAUAAUAGAGGGUCCCUCCGCGGCGGUGACCGCGGCGGCGGCCCCGUCGGGGACGGUGCAGAGCGAGGGGGGGUCGCCGGCCGUAGCGGACGGCGACAAUGAGAAGCUGGUGCGCAUGGGCCUGCUCACCGCGGUUGCGAUCGGCAUCCACAACUUCCCGGAAGGGCUCGCGACGUUCGUGGCCGGUCUGUCGGACCCUUCGGUGGGACUCGCGCUCGCGAUAGCCAUCGGCAUCCACAACGUCCCGGAGGGCCUGUGCGUGGCGAUCCCGGUCUACUACGCCACCGGCAACCGCUGGAAAGCCUUCGGGUGGGCUCUUCUGUCCGGGGUGAGCGAGCCCAUAGGGGCCGGCCUGGGCUGGCUUGUCCUGAAGGACAUCAUGAGCGAGCUGGUGUACGGGCUGCUGUUCGGCGUAGUGGCCGGCAUGAUGGUGAAUAUCACGAUCCACGAGCUGAUCCCGACGGCAGUGCGGUACGACCCCACCGACAAGGUCACCACGAACUCGAUCAUCGCCGGCAUGGCCAUCAUGGCCCUGAGCCUGUCCCUUUUCUUGUACUGAGGGAGAUACAACGAGGGGAUCGUGAGAGAGAGGCACAGAGAGAGAGAGAGAGACGAAGAGGGUGGGGAGGAAAGGGGUUACAGGAGGGAAAGUGUAGAACAGGCGGCGGCGAGCAAGCGGUCGGUGUCCUGCCGGUUUUAGACGCUGCUGUGGAUGGUUAUUGAUACCCCACUGCGUGCUACCCCACCACCGUUCAAACAGCUGUCCCCGGGUGGCGAUGGACCUGGGGGAAGUCAGUGCGAUCGAUGCGCGUCGGUUGGGCGAAUCAGCUUCGAGCGUCGAUUCAAUUUUACCAACCAUAAUAGAGCUUGAUUUUCUUUUGAACGCUUGAUGGGUGGGUGUUUGCCUAGGGAACAAUGUGUCAACAGCGCUCGUUUGGAAGAAAAUCUUCGGUUGUGGUGAGGGGUCUUUUUUGUUCGAGCGGAAGUAUUUUGAUGUUCGUUUGGAUGUUCGUCGUGGGGAAGUUUGGGUUUGGCAUGUAGCGCAAUUGUGUGUUUUAGCGACGUAGACUGUCCUUCAUUCACUUCAUCAUAGUAGGGUUAUCGUUGUGAGUGAUGAUGAUUCGCAGCUGCGCGAGGGGGUCACCGGUUUUAUGUUUUCAUAUACACAUGUGUGUUGUGGAAUAAUGUUGACUGAUAGAUGCAGUGUGUGUGACCGUUUCUCGCUUAGGUUUUGAUCAGUUCCCCUUCACGCCUGGUAGACCUGAAGGCGUUUUUCUUCGCCUCUGGCCGUUGUCGAAGGAAAGCUGAUCCGCCUCGCAGCGCGCAGUUGAAUGACACACCUGCAAAACUUUGUGUUCUCCUGUGUUGGGGUCUGUUGUAAGUUGCAUUCGUAUUAUGUUGAGCAAAACCCGUGGCAGUAGCGUAUUGCUCUGUUGUACCACAGAAGAAAGCGUCUAUGUGUCGUAUUCCCGGCGUGGUGCUUUCUAGCCGUUUCGUUCUCCCAGAGUCAAUAGCCAGGUUUAGCGCGGACCCAGGCGUCCAGUGGGGGGG